ACACCUCCAAGCAGCCAUGAUGCCAGUCAACUUUCGCAUUUCAUUCAUUCAUCAAUAUCAUUCUUAUCCUGACUGCACUGAAGCUGGCUGGUGACGUGCAUGGGGUGGAUCACUGGGGUGGAUAGUCAUUUGUAUUUAUUAUUUUAAAAGGAAACAUAUUCAGUUUCGUUUCACUUAAUUUAUUUUAAUAUGAUCAAUAUGUUGUUGUGAAAAACGUUUAAUAUUUUUAAAAGGUCAUACUACAUUAUAUUUUAUUCCCAUCCUCGGUUUACGUCACCCAACGUUCCGACGUCGAUUGCGUCAGUGCAAGUGAGAGUUCAAGGUUGAGUUUCAAACCACGAGAGUACCCUCACGUAGAGCUCUACGCAGUCUACGCAGUAGCAUUGGAAGACGAAGAAGACAGGCGAAGGAGUGGCUCAAUCAAGCCUGCCGCCUAACCUGAUGGCAAUGGAUGGCUUUGAUGAAGCCACUCGUUCGGUAUUGGAAGAAGCGUCCCCAGCACAAGAUCCCCCUGUGCCAAAAAAGACAAAGAGUGGCACCAAAGCAGCCAUUCCAUCAUCCAGGUCUUCCUCACCGGCACCCAUGACUGUGAUUGCUUCACCAACCAUGCCUGCAAAAGAUGUUGCUGCGGGUCUCGACAGUCUGAAGAUGCAGGCCAGACACUACAAAACCUUGAGCAACAUGUACAACAAGCCCAACGCAAAACCCAAUCAAAAUGAUGUGGCGCAAAUUCUGGACCUCGAGUUCGAAGCAAGGCGGGCCUUUAUCGAUUCCGAUGUUACCAAGGAAGAAGACCGACCUGCAAAAAUCCUUGAUGCAUAUCCAUGCUUUAAAGAUGUUCAAAACGCCAUGGAUGAGCUACGGCGCAUAGUAGAUGGUACUAACCGCAGAUGCAUCGAGGGCGUAAGAGGAAGAUGGACAGAAUUCUGCACGAAGGUGCAGUUCUACAGCGUGUGGAAGAAAGUCCUCAAACCCCCUUUUCCUUUGGAUGUUCGCAGUGUGGAUUUCACACUGGCCCUCUUCAAUGCACUGCCACCCCUCUUCCCCUCAUCCGUUUUGCCACCAAAGAAGCUUGCUUGCAGUGAGGCACUUAUUCAUAUACUGAAGUCAAACGAAGACCCUGCCCUCUACCUGCAGAAGCGUCCUCUCUGCUCCCCAGUUCUGCUGUUUGAUGGCUCAACUACCAUCGUGGCUGUGGGUAACGUACCUGUUACAACCCUCAAGCAGGAAGAUUUUUCAGAAGGGAUGUUGGUGUUGAUGGCCUACUAUUAUACAUUGCACCUCACAUACCCAAAAUGUGUGGCAACCCUGCUCUCUGUUAUUCAAACGGAGGUCAUUGGUGACGCCCUCCAUGAUAAGGAUGCCACUAGUUCAUACAAAAAAGCAAUGGCCGAGUGGAACGCAUUCAUUGAGAAGUAAAUCUGUCAGUUGUUGAUUACUGAUUGUUACUAUUGCAUUGUUUUGUGUGUUUCACAAGUUAAUUGCUGUUUUUUGUAAUUAUUCAGUGGGUCUAAGGUGUUGGUUUUUGACCAAUACCCCACCCCAAAGUGAAAUUGAGGCAGUGGCUGAGUCACCGGGAAAACUCUCCUGCUCACUUAUCCGAAUAUGGGGACUUUGAGUGGUUCAAUUUUGCUUCGGAGUGGGGUAUCCCUUAAUAACGCCUGUAUUUCAGGAUACAAUGUUGGAAAAACGCUACCUCAUAAUGUCAGAAUUUAAUUUCCUUUUAUUACUGUGGUCCCAGUACAUCUAAGUUGUUUGUCUUAAACAUGUACCCCAAUCCUAAGCGAAAUUGAGUCACUCGCUAUAGUCCCUGGAGUUGUGCAAGUGAGCAGAAAAGUUUUUCAGGUAACCCAGCCACUGUCUUAAUGUGACCCAUCAAAGAGCAGAAUAGAGAGCGCGCUUCUGAAGGUACAAGACUGGGUUAAAGCAGUCUU